CUCCUAGCAACACGUAAACAAGCACCAAAAGUAUUUUCCGAAAUAUAAAAUAUAUUUAAUUAUUUUAUCCCAUGUCUCAUAUUUAAUCCAAGACCAUUUUGAGACCCACAAAUAUAGACAACAAGUGAGCGUGCAUUUCUCCGCGGAGACCGCAGCCCGGGCCACUCUAGGUAGUGAGCCGCAGCGCGCUCGAGGCGACAUGACAUCUGUCAGUACGGUUGUAUCAACAACGAAAAUGGUUUUUUUACAUUAAUUUCUACAACAGUUCCUGUUUUCAUUAAUAAACUACCGAAUUUCCGCGACUAAGAGACUAUAAAUGUGCUAAGUGCCUUCAAGAUUCGAGGUGGAAUAACUCAAAUACUUUUAUAUCCUUUUCUAAUGUUUCUGUUUGCUACAACCCAUUCACAAUGCCCCCACUGCCCUAACUCCUCGCGCACCUUCACCGAUCACGGGUUGAAGGUUCAUAUAGGGCGCUUGCACAAAACCCGACCACCCAUCGUUUUCACUCCUACACUUACAGUGCAGCCACAGCAGCGGCAGCAAGCUCUCUCAGGUAACAAUAGUAGUCUGAAUCUUGAUGACCUUGCCACCCUAAAGCAAUCCGUGCGAGUGUUGCGUCACAUCCCUAAGGGGGCUCGCAACUUGGCGGCAGGCAAAUUGUGUGAGGCAAUCGACCAAUGUAUUAAGAACAACGGUACACUAGAAUGGUUCACUCUGCUGUCAUUUGCCUACUCUGCUUUAAAGGCGCCAGAAUCUACCAGCGCAGGCAACUUAACCACCAAAGUUAAGCGGAAUAUAUGUUCUGAGGGGAUUGAUUCCCUUUUUGUGCAAGCAGAGACGGCCGCUUUGAGACCACCCUCGAUUUUUAGAACUAUAGAGUCCAAAGUUUACGAGGGUGACCUCAGAGGGGCAGUACGGAUCCUCAUGUCGGAUGACGGAAUAGCGCCGCCAAAUCCUGAAACCCUUGCUACCCUAGUUUCCAAACAUCCGGCCCCAUCUAGACAGUUGGCAUUUCCUCCCGAACCAGACAAGUCCUGUCCUGCUCUCUCGGUCAAGCCGGAAGAAGUUUCACAGGCUCUAGGCUCGUUCAACAACAGCUCUGCUGCCGGCCUGGAUGGUAUUCGCCCAUCACACUUGAAAGAACUCACUUCCGGCUCUGCCGGCGAGAACGGACCCCGCUUGCUCGAAUAUUUAACCAAACUCUGCAAUUUUCUACUCAGUGGCCAGUUGAAUCCUGAAGUUUCCCCGUAUAUUUACGGUGCGUCGCUGUGUGCGCUGUCAAAAAAAGACGGUGGUUUAAGGCCCAUCGCCAUCGGCAGUGUAUUCCGCCGCCUGACUGCUAAGUUAGGAUGUCAUGCUGUGCGUGACGAAAUGUCGUCAUACUUACAGCCUUGUCAAUUAGGUUUUGGUACGAAACUCGGCUGUGAGGCUGCUAUUCACGCCACUCGGGCCUUCGUACUCGACCCAAAAAAUGCGGACUGUGUUAUCAUUAAGAUAGAUUUAAAAAAUGCGUUUAAUUCUUUAGAGCGGGAUGUACUUCUGUCCGAAGUUAGAGACAAAAUACCACUACUGUACCCUUUCCUACACCAAGUUUACUCCUCUCCGUCCAAACUUUUCUUCAAUGAGUCCCUCAUCCAGUCUCAGGUUGGGGCUCAACAGGGGGAUCCGCUCGGCCCCCUGAUCUUUAGCCUCGCCAUCCAAAAAGUAAUUUCCGGUCCUCAAUCUCCUUUAAAUGUUUGGUAUCUAGAUGACGGUACUCUCGGUGGUAAGCCCGAAGAAGUACACCAAGACUUGCUCACACUUCUCCCACUCCUCCGUAAUUUGGGACUCGAAGUCAACACAAAUAAAUGCGAAUUCUUUCCCUGCAGCACCAAUUCUCAUGCCUCGUUAUCUUCAUUUCGCAACCUACUACCUGGUCUCAAAGAGCUAUCUAGUCAAAACUUUAAUCUCUUAGGUUCCCCUAUAUUUCCCGAUGCUGUUCCUGAAGCUUUUAAGGCAAGAGAGCAACUUCUCUUAUCAGCAAGAGAAAGGCUUAGUAAUCUCUCGGCGCAUGUAGGUCUGACUUUGUUAAGAUCCUGCUUUGCUGUUCCGAGGAUCACCUACUUCUUACGCACAGUGCCUACUUGGCUUCACCCCACACACAUGGACUCCUUUGACCUGGCGCUGAAAGAAUCUACUGAGUGUCUUUUAAAUGUGUCCCUCAAUUCGGACCAGUGGGACCAGGCCUCUUUACCAAUACGCAAUGGCGGAUUGGGUAUACGGCGCUCACGAGACGUGAGCCUUCCUGCCUUCCUUGCGUCGGCGGCUGGGGUUGUGGAUCUUGUCACUAAAAUUUUACCUUUAGAUGGUGCCAAGGUCACAAUACCCUAUGCCGCCGAUGCUUUGUCGGCUUGGAAGGCUUUUAACUCUGAUCCGCCUGUACCCGAAAAACCUUGCCGCCAGCGUUUAUGGGACGACGUCGUGGUAAGGAGGCUAUUCGAUACUCUUAUAAAUGCCGCUUCUGGUGCUGACAGAGCCAGGCUAAUCGCUGCCUCCAAGCCUGAAUCUGGGGCCUGGCUACACGCUCUUCCCUCCCCAAACUUAGGCACCUUACUAGACAACGACUCGAUGCGGGUGGCCGCUGCUCUCCGCCUGGGUUCUGAUGUAUGCCAACCCCACCAAUGCAUCUGCGGUUCCAAUGUGGAGAGCAACGGCCACCAUGCCUUGAGCUGCUGCCGCUGCGCGGGAAGGUUUCCACGGCACCAUGCUCUCAAUGAUAUCAUUAGGAGGGCCUUAAUAUCAGCAAAUGUCCCUUGCAUGCUGGAGCCGCCGGGCCUCAGCCGAUCGGACGGCAAAAGGCCUGACGGCUUGACCCUGGUGCCGUGGGAAAAGGGUAAGUGCUUACUAUGGGACGCCACAUGUGUCAGUACUUUUGCCGCCUCGCAUCUUAGCCGCACUAUGCGGUCGGCAGGAGCGGCUGCUGAGCACGCGGCGUCCCUUAAAAAAGAUAAAUACUCGGCGCUGAGCGGUUAUUUAUUCGUUCCUCUCGCUGUGGAGACUUCGGGGUGCUGGUGCGCUGAGGGUAAGUCCUUCCUCCGGGAUCUGGGUCGUCGCCUGCUAGAAAGGGGCCUUGACCCCCGCUCUGGGUUUUUCCUGAUGCAAAGGCUAUCCAUCGCAAUCCAACGCGGCAAUGCAGCGAGCGUGAUGGGCACCUUUGCAUCGGGGACGGCCCGGUAGCCAAUAGGUUGGUAGUUUUUUUUAUACAUAUUUAGUUUAUAUUUAUAUUUAAGUUCUGAUUUAUUUAGGUUUAGUUUUUAAUUAGUUUUAUGUUUAGAUAUAUUUUAGUAUACCUAUAUGUAUCUUAUUCGAAUAAUAAAUAAU